AUGGCCGGUGAUGGGCCCCACAAUGUGGUAAUGAACAAUGGAACAAUGCGUAUGAACGUGGCAAAUGUGGAUUCACCGCUGCAGAUAUUUGUAAGGGCUAAAAAGAAGAUUAAUGACAUAUUUAUUGAGAUAGAUGAUUAUGUAAAAGAUGCAGUCACUUUUAUGCAUGCUGCUUCUGGAGACAAUGGUAUUGCAACUCCACAAGAUGUCGCCAAUGUCGAGGCAUAUGUUAAUAAAGUACAGGCGAUACGGGAAGUACUCAAGCGUGAUCACAUGAAGGUAGCAUUUUUUGGGAGAACUAGUAAUGGAAAGAGCACUGUCAUAAAUGCGAUGUUGCAUGAUAAGAUCUUGCCAAGUGGAAUUGGCCACACCACAAACUGUUUUCUACAAGUUGAAGGAUCUGACACAGAUGAAGCCUUUUUGAAAACUGAAGGCUCCGAAGAAAAACUAAAUGUUCAGUCUGUGAGCCAGUUAGGCCAUGCACUUUGUACGACGAGGCUCCAAGAAUCUUCUCUAGUCCAUAUCUAUUGGCCGCGUGAGCUCUGUGCGUUGUUGCGUGACGAUGUGGUGUUGGUCGAUAGUCCGGGAGUCGACGUUUCUCCAAACCUUGACGAGUGGAUCGACAAAUACUGUCUUGACGCGGAUGUGUUUGUACUUGUUGCAAACGCGGAAUCCACUCUUAUGUUAACUGAAAAGAACUUUUUCCACAAAGUAUCUACGAAAAUUUCGCAACCGAACAUAUUUAUUCUGAACAAUAGAUGGGAUGCUUCAGCUUCGGAACCAGACUAUUUGGACCAGGUAAGAAGUCAACACGCGAAUAGAUGUGUAGACUUCUUAUCCCGAGAGCUUCGCGUGUGCACCCCCAAAGAAGCCGAGGAGCGGAUAUUUUUUGUGUCUGCCAAAGAGGCGCUCCUCACUCGCAUGAAAGAGCGGGAGAAACCAGUUUCAUCGCCCAUUCUUGUGGAGGGUCACCAAGUCAGGUACUUCGAGUUUGUCGAUUUUGAGCGCAAAUUCGAGGAAUGCAUAAGCCAGAGCGCAGUUCAAACCAAGUUCGCGCAGCACUCGCGGCGCGGGAAAAAUAUUGCCACAGAUGUCAUGGCUGCGCUUGAGCAGAUCUACAACACGUCGUGCGACAUGAAAGCUUCUAAAGUGGAAAAACAGAGAAUAUUACAGGAACAACUGACGUCUAUUGAAGAGCAGCUCACGUCUAUCACGCGGCAAAUGAAGGACAAGAUUGGGAAAAUGGUCGAAAGCGUUGAACAUAAGGUGUCGCUGACGCUCAGCCAAGAGAUACGUCGUUUAUCAGCAUUGGUGGACGAAUAUGAUACUCCGUUUCGAACGGAACGAGCUGCGCUGGAGCAGUACAAACGCGCGCUUCACAGGCACGUGGAAGCCGGGCUCGGUUCCAGGCUGAAGAAGAGGCUCUCCUCGGAUAUUGGACACGAAAUGGACGAAGCACAAAAGGAAAUGGCCGAUCGAAUGUAUAACAUUCUGCCUGUGCAUAAGCGCGCGGCUGCCGCUAGUGUCAUCAUGCCCCAUCAGCAACCCUUCGAAGUCCUUUACCGUCUCAACUGCGACAACCUCUGCGCAGACUUCCAGGAGGAUCUAACUUUCCGGUUCUCAUAUGGAAUAACAGCUAUAAUACAGCGGUUUCAAGGGAAGAACACAAAUAAGAUUGCUCUCAAGAAUCCACCUCAAUACACACCGAUUCCUACCACGAUGGGCCCACCUGCGCCUAAUAUGGAGUUGACGAGAGUGGGCAACGGCGGGUCAGUCAUGGGUCCACUCAGUGCAGAAGAAUGGAGCAUGAUAUCAAAAUUCGCUCUCGGCGCUCUCACGUCGCAGGGCACCAUGGGUGGACUACUGCUCUCUGGAUUGCUUAUGAAAACCGUCGGUUGGCGCGUGGUUGUCGUUACGGGCCUCGUGUACGGCGCUCUGUACGCCUACGAGCGCUUGACGUGGACGGCCAAAGCGCAAGAGCGCGUCUUCAAGAAGCAAUACGUCACGCACGCAGGCAAGAAGCUGCGGCUCAUCGUGGACCUCACUUCAGCUAAUUGUAGCCAUCAAGUUCAGCAAGAGCUAUCGACAAUGUUUGCGCGACUGUGUCGCCUAAUAGACGAAGCGACGACGGAGAUGGACUCUGAACUGAUGGAGGUCCGCGAGGCUAUAAAAAUGCUGGAUGUGGCUUGCGGUAAGAGAAUGGUUCUGGAUGUGAUUUCCGGCUUGCAUUUCACUGUACAUCGAACACUGCUAGAGUUUUCAGCGUUACAUGAAGAGUUGUUUUUAUCAUAA